AUGGCGCCUUUUUUUCAGAAGCGACUGCGAUGCUUUUACUGCGGCGGGAAUUCGAAGCAGAUAUGGAAGAAUGGCAUCCAGAGAUGGCAAUGCGACCGCUGUCAGGCUGUCAACCAUCUCGACGAGAAUGGCGAAAUAACUGAUCCUCCGGCCGCUGAGGUUUCGACGGAAGAGCGAUUCCGCCAGUACGCUGACCCUGUCGCGCAAUCGUUCGAGCAUGAGCAACCAAGUGCUGCAGAUUCUACAAUCUUCUGUUCAACAUGUCAGAAGAACCAGUACCUCUUCACUCAGACGCUGGCCUCAUACCUGCCAGAACCGUCACAUCCGGAAUACGCUGUCUACGAAGAGUCGUAUCCCUCCUACAAGAGGAGUUUAGAGGAACGCUACCCGCAAGUCUGCGAGAAGUGCAAACCGCGAGUCAUCGAUCGUAUCAGGCAGACUGGAUAUGCCGCCAAAACAGACCAUCUGCGGCGCAUGAUGGAACGUAGCAAGGGCAAAUCAUCGAAGCAAAAUAGACAGAUGUGGAAGUGGAAGGGUCUUCUAGUCUCUACAGGAGCUGUCGCGUUCUGGACAAGUGUUGCUGGUCAACUGGUCUGGGAUGGCGUAGCAUUUGCUGCUUCUGUUUAUCGGCUGCAGGAUGUGGAGGUGGCUUCAUCAUCGACUUUCUCCUUCGCUAGACAGUGCAUAUCUCGUUCUAUCCAAAGUCGGGGCGUUCCUGGAGAAUGUGCCGCCUUGCUUGUGCCCUACGCUGGACUAUCGUUGAUUCUAGGCGCAUUUUCCCUCUGGUGGAACCCGAAACUGAGGCUCAAAGUUGAAGGUCACCAUGGUAGAUUGGUUGGACUACGGGAGUACUACCGCAUCCAGAUCGUCGCUCUCAUGGUCAGGUUUAUGGCGUGGGCUGGCCUGCAAGACCCAGCGAUAAUAGGCCUUCAUCCACAGCUAAAACCGUCAAUUCACAUAUUCGUGGCCGUAUUUACCUUGAUCACCACUCUCGUCUCAACAUCAACUAUAAAAUUUGAGAAGAAGCCGCUCGUAAACUGGAGCGAUAAUACCGACAAGCUGCUGGCUAAUAAAAACGGCAGCGUAGGUGCGCAGCUGGGAAGUCCUCCAGACUCCCAGAAUUCUGAGCCAGGUAGCCAGCCAACCUUUCAACGAUUUCCUAUUUCUAGCCUUGCUCCACGUCGUUUGGCAACUCCAGAGCCAUAUAUACCUCCAACUCCUCCCCUUGACCCGCCACAGGAUCAUAUCGAUGCAAUGGACUGGACUCCAUCUCGGCAACCGCUCCAAAUCCCGAUCAAACCGGUUUCCCAUCAGGUACCAGCGGUUUCCGCCUCGACACUAUUUCAAGGCCAGUUACCUCAAAUUUCUAAGCCGCCUUCAUGGAACCUGCGAAAUCCAGUUUCACAGAAGCCUGAGAAAAUCCAAAGGAAGCCAAACCCUUUCCAUCAGGCCCCUGUUCUACAACCUACCUUGUUCUCGUUAGAUGACGAGGAAGAGGAAGAAGACCAUCCUAAGCCAGCUCGCACCAACGCUGUUUUCGCCGCACCCAAAUUCUUUCCUCCAAGUCUCACGACCGAGACUGGUUUAGAAAACUUAUUCGACCAAGCUUUCUCAAUAGCAGAUGGGCCGGGUAAUGGUCAACCAAGUCAGUCCACACAGGCUUCUGAUAGUCGCAAAUCCACAGCAUUUGGUAACACGCCAUCACAUAUCUUGAGAAUUUCCCUCUUGAUCUUUUGUCUGGCGCUCUGGGCGAGCACAAAGCUCUAUACCAUGCCUAUGAAAUCUAUUGAAACUGCGGUGCUGGGAAUAUCAUUCCUUGUGGCAGCCUUCUCAUUUUUGGAAUCAUUGAUGAAACCAAUGUUGGCCUGGAAUGUGACAGAUAUUCUGCUCUCUCUUUUCGAGCUUGUUUCCUGCAUAUACCUUGCCGUGAUACGGGCUCGUCAACUCGACGACCUCGUAGCCCUUGAGAAUGCGGGAAUAUACCUAGUGUCCUUCAUGAUGGGACAUGAGAUGUUUGGGCUUGGUCCUUCUCUAAUGGCCAAGGAUCCUGUCAAUCCAAAGAGUCCUAGACUCGACAGCACGGAGAGGGAGAACAAAUCUCCAAGCCCAUCGAUAGACGAAUCGAUUGCGACCUUUAACACUAAACAAAAAAGUCUUUCCCCGGACAGCCAACGCACCAGCCCACAGAUCGGAAUCGGACGGCAGCCCACAAACAACAUUAGACCUAACCAAAAGAUCAGCUCUCCAACGAGAAUCAUCCCCCAAAGAAACAAUAAUAGUUUCCCUGAUUUCGGUACUCGCAUGAAAGCGACACCGCAGCCAGCAUUCUCUCCUUCGACUGUAUACGCAGGCUAUACCCCAGCCGCCCAAAAAUCCAACCUAUCCUUCUCUCCAUCAUUCGACUCCGCCCUGCAAGAUAGCCCUUUCUCACCGACUUCUACAGCAUCUGACUAUGCAUCAUCAGUAGCGUCAGAAGCGCAAACUCCUAUUGCUCAGCCGAGAUUUUUAAAUCUAAAUCACGGUGGCCCAAGUCCAUCCAUUAUCAAAUCUCUUAAUCUUAAUGAUCAUCCUGCUCCCCCAGCCCCUCCUACUACGCGCUAUUCCUUGCGUCAACGACGGAACUAA